UCUACAGCAUCUCCUUGUCUCAGUGAUUAUUUUAGUUUUUACCUUUUAUUACAUCGUUCAUCUUUUACCCAUCGACAAUAAUCCCAUUCCAAAUUGCACCAAGCUGGACCACCAAGUGAUUCCUCUUCCUCAUCAGCAUAUUCCCCAAUUUUUCAUCAAUUCCAUCACAAUUAUUGGUUGUUAACAGUUUGACUGUGAAAUUUUGAGUUAUCAGUUUGAGUUUUGUGUGCGUCUAGGAUUAUAAUGUGACCACGUGAAUUUUUAAUAAAUAUAACAGUUGGGAAGAACCGACGGAUUGUUGAACCAUUGAGCAUCAUUAUCACUCCCAACAUCCGGACGACGGAUAUCGCAUUUGUUAUAUCUCAUUUGUCAUUAGCUGCUGUGGACGUCCUGUGCCUGUGAAACGUUAAAAAUCAAGAAUAUGAGAUGACUCAUGUAAAUUGUUCAACACCGUUUUACCCCACGUGAGCAUGUCCUCUGAUUGGCCAUUGACGGGGGAUUGUUGGUCGUGUGUGUCAAUAACAAAGUACCAAGUAUAACAAUUGUGUACUUCACUGCCACUGGAGAUUAUUGGAAUAUUACCAAGUGGUGAGGGAAUAAACUCGGAAUAAACGAUCAAAUUUUCGAAAAGAUGCUGGCGCUCGCGAUGCGACGCGAACACGCAACUGGACGAAGUAGUGGUAACAAUUACGAGCCGGCGAAUCCACUAGCUGGUUUUGAUCAUCUACAGCAGAAUCCAUUUGCACAUCACGGUAGUAAUGAGUCGAGGGGUAGAGAUCAAUCGAUCAAUGAGGACGGUGAGCUCCAGGAGUUCGUUGAUAUUGCCCAGGUGCAGCAGCUGCUUCAGCAGCAGACACAGCAGACACAGCACCAUCAUCACCAGCAGCAACCACCAACAUCCUGCUUAUGGGGUACCGUUUAUCCACCACCACCACCCACCAUUGGAUAUCCUCAUCACCAUCUUCAUCAUCAUGGACCACCUACCAAUCAUCCGCCAGGCGAGGACACGCAGUGCGGCCCAACAGAAAGAACCGCGGCGGCGUCAACCAACACCGCAGCUGACCAAUCGCCAAUCCAGAGAAUGACGAUGGAUGGACUAGAGGUGGGCACGCAGCAUCAUGCGGCCGCUCCAUUUCUCCUAUCAUCACCACCCCCUGGACACCAUCAUCUCCAUCAUCAUCACCAUCAUUCAGCGCCAACGCAUCAUCCACACGGCUACAACAUCCAAACGGUGCAGCUGAGCUUUGAUGCUUGUCUUGCGUACAACACAUCGCCAACAAAUUCAACGACAACCGGUCGAAUAUCACCGACCACCGGCACAACUCUCAACACCUCAAACGGUACUGGCAAUGCUGUACCACUCCUGACGUUAUCAAGUUGUAUGACAUUGCAUCCAGCUAGCUCAAACUCACCGGAUCUGCAUCAUCGGCAUCAUCACAGUCAUUAUCACACGGAUCCACAGCCACACUGCGAUGAUCCAUCAUCACCGGGUGAAUCAGCUGAGAAGAGUAUUCAGAGAAAUGGCGAUGAGGAUGAUGCGUGCAGUGGCAAUUGCCGUGACGAAUUGCGUGACACUGGUGAAAAGGACAAACCCGGGGAUCUCAAUACACCGGUUACAACGAGCAGUGAUCUACCCUCGUUCUUCGGACCCUCAGCCCUCGUUGAACCACCACCCAUAUCAGGUAGUCUGACAGGUGAGGAUUUGUCCCUGGAGGAGGCAGCAGGUGAUGACGAUGACACCCAAAAUCGUGAUCACCAUCAUCAUCACGACAAUCAGGACAGCGUAACGACAGGACAAACAUCAUCGAGUCCCCAGCGUCAUCACCAGGAUGACGUUGAUCGUUGCAAUGUUCUCCCAGGUAGUGUUAUUCUGUAUUCAUCGCCUCACUCGACGGUGUCAUCGGCCCCCACGAGUGUCAACAUCUGUAACGUACCAACGUUGACGUACAGAGGUGUCUUCACAACGACGUGCACCCAAUCAUCGACGCUGAACACCUUGCAAACCCCUCAGCAACAGCAACAGCAGCAGCAGCAACAGCAAGCGAAUCAAGAGCUCUGGGGAUCAAUUCCCUCGCCGACAGCUCUGACCCUGACCAGUCAGCCAUUCCUCCAUUCCACGCUGCACUCGUCUCCCUAUGGAAACGAGACCGUUGAACUCCUUCAGGUAGAUUCCAAACCACCACCACCACCACCCGGUUACCACGACACUCCAUCCUCAACACCAACAACCUGGAUGAGCCACGAUGACAGUUAUGAUCCAAAUCUCCUCUCCCAUCAUCACCAGCCACAUCCUCAUCACCAAGAGCCAACACUCAAGCAGGAGCCAGUCACCAAUUCUGGGUACACACCCAAUGUUCAACAGCAUCAACAACCAACCCAGUCACAGCAACAACCAUCGACAAAUCCUGGUGCUGUACAAUUAGCUGAGUACAAUCCAAGCACAUCCAAGGGACACGAAAUACUGUCGCAAGUUUAUCAGCAGAGUGCAUUACCUCUGAGACUUGUACCAGUUAAACCAAGAAAAUAUCCAAACAGACCCAGCAAAACACCUGUUCACGAGCGGCCAUAUGCCUGUCCCGUUGAUGGCUGUGAUAGACGUUUCUCGAGGAGUGAUGAACUCACUCGUCACAUACGUAUACAUACAGGUCAAAAGCCAUUCCAGUGUAGAAUUUGCAUGCGCUCAUUCUCGAGGAGUGAUCAUCUGACGACUCACGUCAGAACACACACUGGGGAGAAGCCAUUUUGCUGUGAUCAAUGCGGUAGAAAAUUCGCGAGAAGCGAUGAGAAGAAGAGGCAUGCCAAGGUACAUCUCAAACAGAGGCUCAAGAGGGAAGCAGGCCAUUCAAAUUCGAGGAAUCAUCCGCAAUCUCAUGCUUCGUCGCCUUGCAAUUAGGUACGAGUUGUCAUGAGUUAUUUGUUGUUGUUAGAGUGGGAGCCAUCAAGAGCCAGUAUCGAAUUUAAUGCGUUUUAUUGAUCUCUUAAAAUACUCAAUGAUGAUGUUACAUGCCCUUGAUACCCCUGUGUCUUUCAAUCGUGUGACUGGGCAAUCGCUUUGUUAUCUUCGGGGGCGAAGGGCGAAUCUAUUCCCUUUUCCUUUUCAUUCGUUAACAGAUCAUCUUGAAAAUAUUUAAAUUAUUAUGUCCUGUCAACCGGUUCUCCACUGAGACUAAAACGCACGGGCUCUCGAAUUCAUUUCAUUUUUAUUCAUCAGUUCGAUUCUUUAUUUUUUUUUCAAUUGUUUAUGUCACUCAAUGACGAAUUUGCAAGGUGCAAUUACUGUUAUAUCAUAAUUGUUGUCUAAUUAAUUCUAAUUCAAGAAUGAAUUUCUUCGUGUAUCGAGUUGUUGACGUUUUUGCGACUAGAGAUUUAUUCGAGAAUCUAUUUGUUUUCCUCUCAGUAUCUCUUCGCCGCCGAUCUGUUUAUUACCCUUUAAAAAAAAAACAAAUGUAACGUACGGAUAAUUUUAUCCUCAUCCUCUGCUCCUCGUGAACCGGACACGCUAAAUCCCGGCUGUACCAUCCAAAGUCCGAUUUUUUUUUUUUCCAAAAAGCAAAAACAAAAAGUGAAAAGCAAAAAAAUAUAUAUAUUGUCCGAUGAGUCAACGAUAAUACGCGACUCCACUCACCGCCAUAAAACCCCUGAUUGUGAGAUGAAAGCAAAAUGUUAUGUUAUAAAAAUUAUACAUAGAUAUAUUAUAUAUAAAGUUUAAACUAAAAGAACACGCAAGUGUAAUUAUCGAUGGUGAUUUAUCGUUGUUAAAUGGAAAAAAAUGUGAAUGUUUUUUUUCUUGUAAAUAUGUACAUAAUACGACGUACUGUAUGUAUACAUAGGAAUAAUGUGUAAAGAUCGCCAAAACAUGAAAUGCCGGUGAAAGAAAAAAAAAAAAAACAUUGAUGUUGAAGAGAAAUAUUUCCUAUGAUUCGUCCCUCACACAGAGUUCGAAAAAAAAAAAAAAAAAUUCAAUUCAAGAUUAAAUUUAUCAGUUAUAGUCUUUGGUCACAGUUGUAACUAUUCGCCUAGUAUUAUAUUAUUAUACAUAUGUGCAUACACAUGACGCGGUAAUUAAUAUUAUGUAUAUGUUGCUCUAUUUAUUAACAGAAAAUUAAAGAGUGCGUACGUCUGGUACGCCAAUUAUUCUCGCGCACACAGACACUAGCGUAAAAUACAUAUAUAACUAUAUGUGUAUAUAUUGUUGAUAUAGAAUGAGUAUUUUUAUUACGAUGAAAAAAAUAAUAAUAAUAAAUUAAAAUGGAAAACAAAUUGUUUUAAUUAGAUGGGAAAGGGACGGAUGAGAGAUUAAUUCUUCUGCUUAGUGAUGUGUGCGCGUCUGAUCCCCUCGCCUUCUUUUCCCCUUUGCAAUUUCUUGCCCUUUCCCCUUCAAAAAAUAAUUACCCACCCCCUACCCCUUCAACCCAUCACCCCAUUCACCGCCCCACCCACUGUCCCGCCCGUCAGAGAAUACUUUUUUACAAAAAUGAUAUUAUCCUAUUUGCCUAGGUAAAUUUAAUGAACAUAAAAAAUACAACAGAAAAAUGUGAAAUAUAAUAUUAUUAUAUACACUAUUUUUUUUUUCUCCAGUGCAAUGCACAACAUUCGAUAAAAAAAAAUACCUGUAUUUCCAGUCGUUGUCGUUUCAGUGCAACAAUUGAGCGCUGCCUACGAUAAUUAUUAACAAGAACAAAAUACAAGUUAACAAUGAUUCACAGAA